GCAGAUGGCGCUAUGAUGGUGUUCCGUCGUGACCGGCGUGUCACUGACCUGCUGUAGAAGAAGCGACUCGGAAACUCGGUUCACAGCUCAAGCUAAACAAAACCUUUAACAUCAGAGAAGGGCUUUAAUGGCGAUGUCUCAGAGGAAGAAAAUAGUUCCAGCUUCUCAGAGCAAAAGUCAGAGACGCUCUCAGUUAGUCCUGGAUGAGGAUGAGGAAGACCCGUCCUUCACUCAGGUGACAUCAUCACAGGUCCAGAGAGCCAGAGAGAACUUCACAUCUGUCCAGAUCGACCGCAAGGUGGCCGAGGUGGUCCAGUUCAUUUUGAUUAAAGACCAAAAGAAAAUACCCAUUCGAAGAGCAGAUGUUGCCAAACAUGUGAUGAAGGAAUAUAAAGCCAUCUAUCCAGAGGUCAUUAACAGAGUUUGUCGCACAUUUGAACAGGUGUUUGGAUUAAAGCUGGUAGAAAUUGACUCCAAAAAUCACAUUUACAUCCUGAUAAACAAGCUGGAGCCUGUUCAAAAUGAACCAGUCAGCAUGCGUCCUGGAAACCCCAAAACAGGUCUGCUGUUUGUCAUUCUCAGUGUGAUCUUUAUGAAGGGAGGUGUCGUCAAAGAGAAUGUGGUGUGGAACACUCUUAAGAAGCUGCGUGUGGAUGCAGGGGAGAAACACGAUGACUUUGGAGAUGUGAAGAAGGUGAUCACAGAUGAGUUUGUGCGGCAGAAAUAUUUGGAGUAUGUGAAGAUUCCUCACACUGACCCGGUGGAAUAUGAGUUUCGCUGGGGUCUGCGAGCUGAGAAGGAAGUGUCCAAACUCAAACUACUGGAGUUUGUUGGAGAGCUUCAUGAUCAGGAUCCUCAGAGCUGGACGCAGCAGUUUAGAGAGGCCAGUACUGCUGACAACACACAGAGAACAUGAACAACUCCACAUGCUCUGUGUGAAUUUAUACUGCUGUACAGUCCUGUUAGACAUCUUUCAAUAAAUGAGCAAAACGAAACGAAAA